AUGUUCAAGGUGAUGCAGAAAGCUGGAGUGAAGUUGGAAGCUCAGCAUUAUACAAUGGGCAUGUCAUCAUUGGCCAGAUCCAAGUUUUGGUCAGAUGCCUGUCGGCUUUUAGACCAGAUGCCAAAGGCAACAGUUCAACGAAACAUUAUUAACUUCAACACAGCGAUCUCCUCCUGUGAGAAGGGGAAUCAAUGGCAGCAGGCGAUAGACUUGUUUGGCUCGGCUUGUGAAGAGACUCACCCCGAUGUGAUUACCUACAGUGCCGUCAUCAGUGCAUGUGAAAAGGCCCUUCGUUGGCAGCAGGCCUUCAGUCUUUUCUUCUCCAUGGCGCAGGUCAAAGUCUUGCCUAAUGUCAUCAGCUACAGUGCAGUGAUUAGUUCUUCUGGAAAGGCUGAGCAAUGGCAGCUAUCGCUCGCCACCUUCGAGGCAAUGCUCCAUGCAAAGGUUCGGCCAAACGUUGUGGCUUACAACGCAACCAUCAGCUCCUGCGAAAAAGCUGGAGCAUGGCAGCAGGCAUGUCACAUCUUGGAAGAUAUGCCAAAAGCCAAAGUGAAGCGGGACCCUCGGAUUAAUUGUUGA